ACCGCCUCUCCUCUUCAGAUACUGGGCAGCGGCAGUUCUGUCGCGCUGCUUUCGCUAAAAGAUAUAUCUGUACUUUAGUAACUUAAAUGCCGAUUUCCACGUAAGGAGCUGAAGUUAAGAAAUAUUCCUCCGAGUGACGGUGGUUGUCCAGUUGACCAGAGAACAGACCGCAAUCCUACACAGCAGCAGAGGGGCCAGUGUGAGGAUUGGGGGCUGAUGGAGUGCAGCAGCUAUCCUAUGCAACUACACUUCCUCAAAUUAGUGGACUUUGGCUCAUUUUGAUUAUGGAGGCCCUUCGGCACAGAGGACAGAGGAAUAAAAAGGCCUCUUUUGGCACCUUACUUUGCCUGAUGUGCAUGUCCAUCACCACUUUGGCAUCGUUACCAGAGUCACAGAAAGUUAAUAAGACCUGUAAACUUGACGAGUUUCUCACUACGGAAGGAAUAUGUUGCAACAAAUGCAGUCCAGGUUUUAAGCUUCAAGAAAAAUGUCAUGGUCCCAAAGAGAGAUCAACCUGCACACCGUGUCCGGAAGGAGAGUACUUAGAAUUUAUGAACUACUACCCCAACUGCCGAAGGUGCAUACCCUGCAAAGCACGAAAUAAUGAAAUCGAGGUAUCGCCAUGUUCAAGAAACCAGAACACUAAGUGUCGAUGUAAAGAUGGAUAUUACAAGUAUACAGUCGACAGCGAAACCUCUGUGUGUCUCAAGUGUAAAAACUGCAAAGACGAUGAAGUGGAAUUGCAGAUAUGUACACCAGAAAAUAACACUGUGUGCGGAUGUAAGGACAAUUACUACAAAGACAACAAGAAGUGCAAACUGUGCGAGAGUUGCUCUGCUCAGUGUCAACACUUGUGUCUAACAACCACAACAGCUCCUUCAAAAGAAAAUGCGUCUAAUCGACCGGACUCUUUUGACAAUAUAAUUGCUGGAGCUGGAGCUGGAAUAUUAGCGUUGAUGGUGUUGAUGGUUUUCAUGACGUACAUGAUCACGAAACGACAAACCAAAAGGAGGCUACUACGGUCCUCCCAGCGAUCUGAUGCUUCCCAGGAAUCUUGUGAGCAGGUCUUGGUGAACAGUGAGGAACGUUUGGAGACCACUGUGACGGAGGUUCCUCAGACUUCUGUGGCCCAAGUGGAGACGUCCAAACUGCCUGACUGUGUCCCGCUGGAAAUCAAGCUCUCUGAGCUGAUCUAUGCCGUCCUGGAUCUGGUACCUGUGGUGCAGGUGAAGCAGCUGGUGCGUUGUCUUGGUGUGACUGAUACAGAGAUUGAACAAGCGGAGAUGGAUCACCGAUCCUGCCGGGAGGCUCACUACCAGAUGCUGCGGGUGUGGGCCUUACAUUCAGGUGGAGGAGGACGAGGAAUGCUGCACAGGCCACUGUUCAAUGAAUUAUUAGAAAAGCUAAGAAACAUGCACCUGGGGAAAGCAGCCGAGGAACUGGAGACAAAAUAUGGCAUUCAGUAACUCUGUAAAACGUGCCAAGAGGAACAAAAUGCUUAUGAGCCCAAGUAUUGCUGGCUUUAAGGACUCAAUCGUGGAUGCCAAACUGGCGCGGUGCUACAAGAGAAGCAGCAGCUUUAUUUCACAGCACACAUAUGAGACUGAAGACUUUGUGUCCUUCUUUGACAAUCACACAGCGAGAUGACGGGAAGAAACAACUAACAGCAAAUGGACAAACGGCUCAAAGAGUCACAGAAAACGUUUGCAUUCAGAUCAUUUUCAAAGAGCUUUUUUACAAUGAGUAUUUUUUAUAUUUUGAAAACCAGGAUUAUUUCUUUAUUGCUGAGCAAUAUCUGAGAAGACUAAUGCUACUUUCUUCACAUUAUAUAUAAUCCUACAACUAUUUUGUACCUUUAAACCAAGCCAAGCUAUACUCCCCAAAGCAAACUAUAUUUCCCAAAGACGUAACAUGACCAGUGUUAAAGGAUAGUAGUUCCUCUGGCUCUAGAAUGACGGUCGCACCGUUAGAGAAGUCCCAAGUUGGGCGUUGAGACAGUUUUGUGACCAAAAGUAGCCUCAGACACAAAGCUGACAGUAUUUUUCAGAAAUUUAGGAUCAACUUAAAAAACCCCCCCC